AGGCGGCGGAACUUUCUUUUCUGAUCGUGUCGUUCACACGGUAAGACGUGUCACGAGAUUUUUGCUGAUUUUAAGUGAAGAAUAAGUGCAAGAUGACUGAGACUCUGCAGCUCCGAGGCACGCUGUCCGGCCACAGUGGCUGGGUCACGCAAAUUGCGACCAAUCCCAAGUAUCAUGAUAUGAUUCUCUCGUCUUCCCGAGACAAGACGCUGAUUGUGUGGAAGCUGACCAGGGAUGAGAAUAACUACGGAAUCCCGCAGAAGCGUCUGUAUGGCCACUCCCACUUCAUCAGCGAUGUCGUCCUCUCGUCCGACGGCAAUUACGCCCUGUCCGGAUCGUGGGACAAGACUCUGCGUCUGUGGGAUUUGGCUGCCGGCAAGACAACGCGUCGCUUCGAAGAUCACACAAAGGACGUUCUCUCUGUGGCUUUCUCAGUGGACAAUCGUCAGAUCGUGUCCGGAUCUCGGGACAAGACGAUCAAGCUGUGGAACACUCUGGCCGAGUGCAAGUAUACGAUCCAGGACGAGGGACACACUGACUGGGUGUCGUGCGUGCGCUUCUCGCCGAAUCACGCCAAUCCCAUCAUCGUCUCUUCUGGCUGGGAUCGCACGGUGAAGGUCUGGAAUCUGACCAACUGCAAGCUAAAGACCACCCACACUGGUCACGCUGGAUACUUGAACACCGUGACUGUCUCCCCGGACGGUUCGCUGUGCACAUCGGGUGGCAAGGACCACAAGGCUCUGCUCUGGGACUUGAAUGAUGACAAACUGCUCCACACUCUUGACCACAACGACAUCAUCAAUGCCCUCUGCUUCAGCCCCAACCGAUACUGGCUCUGCGUCGCCUAUGGGCCAUCCAUCAAGAUCUGGGAUCUCGCAUGCAAGAAGACUGUGGAUGAGCUUCGUCCUGAGGUGGUUUCGCAGAAUUCCAAGUCUGAUCCGCCGCAGUGUCUCUCCCUGGCCUGGUCCACAGACGGACAGACACUCUUCGCCGGCUACUCGGACAACAAGAUCCGCGUGUGGCAAGUGUCCGUGACUGCCCGCUAAGACGGAAGCUGAAGAAAUGUAUCUUCACACUGGAAAUAAAGAUACAGUGAAUGGACGAAA